GAAAAUGGGCGUGAACUUCACGGUGAGCAACAAGGACACCGUGAAGAGCAGCGAUGUCCUCUUCCUGGCCGUGAAGCCCCCCAUCAUCCCCUUCAUCCUGGAGGAAGUGGGCCCGGACAUCGAGGCCCGCCACAUCGUGGUCUCCUGUGCGGCCGGUGUCACCAUCAGCUCCAUCGAGAAGAAACUCGCUACCUUCUGCCCCACACCAAAAGUGAUCAGGUGCAUGACCAACACCCCUGUGAUUGUCCGGGAAGGUGCUACAGUCUAUGCCACUGGGACUCACGCGGAUGUGGAGGAUGGGAAGCUCUUGGAACAACUGAUGGCCAGCGUAGGCUUCUGCACCGAGGUGGAAGAGGACCUGAUCGAUGCUGUAACGGGGCUCAGUGGCAGUGGCCCUGCGUAUGCAUUCACUGCCCUGGAUGCUCUGGCGGAUGGGGGAGUGAAAAUGGGACUUCCCCGCAGGCUGGCUGUUCGACUUGGAGCACAGGCUUUGCUGGGUGCUGCCAAAAUGCUGCUAGAAUCUGAGCAGCAUCCUGGUCAGCUGAAGGACAAUGUCUGCUCGCCUGGGGGAGCCACCAUCCAUGCCCUGCACUUCCUGGAGAGUGGUGGCUUUCGCUCACUGCUAAUCAAUGCUGUGGAGGCUUCCUGCAUCCGGACAAGGGAGCUGCAGCAUUUGGCAGACCAAGAGAAGAUCUCCCCAGCAGCCAUAAAGAAGACUUUGUUGGAUAAGGUGAAGCUGGAGUCUCCUUCUUUGUCCAUGGCAUCUGCCAGCAAAGUCAGUCUGUUCACCAGUAAGAGCCCCAGCAGCAAGAAGAACUGACCAGACUGCUGUAGUCUGGCUGUGCUGAACAUCAGUCUCCUCCAUGCCCUUUCUUUUUUGUUGAAGGAAAAAUGGUCACUCUGAAUGUUGGUGUCCCCCAUACCUGGCUUUUGGCUUGCAGCAGCUCUGGG